AUGGGGAAGAAGACGCUGAUCUACAGCUUCGUGGCGCGAGGAACGAUGAUCCUAGCGGAGUACACGGAGUUCAAAGGAAACUUCAUGGAGAUUGCUUCUCAGUGCCUGCAGAGGCUGCCGGCUAGCAACGACAAGUUCACCUACAGCUGCGAUGGCCACACUUUCAAUUACCUUGCCGAGAACGGAUACAUUUACUGCAUUGUAGCCGUGGAGUCUGCUGGCAGACAAAUUCCAAUCGCAUUCUUGGAGAGGAUUAAAGAAGACUUUACCAAUAGAUAUGGUGGUGGAAGAGCUGCAACAGCUCUCGUUCAUAGCCUCGACCGUGAAUUUGGGUCAAAGCUAAAGGAACACAUGCAGUAUUGUAUGGAUCAUCCUGAGGAGAUCAACAGGCUUGCUAAAGUUCAGGCUCAAGUUUCAGAAGUUAAAGGAGUUAUGAUGGAAAAUAUUGAGAAGGUUAUAGAUCGACAGGAGAAGAUAGAUGUGCUAGCGGGUAAAACAGAGAACCUUCGGUAUCAGGCUGAAGGUUUUAGGCAGGGAGGGAACCAAUUGAGGAGGAAGAUGUGGCUGAAAAACAUGAAGAUAAAGCUCAUCGUCCUCGCAAUCAUAGUUGCUCUCAUCAUAAUCAUUGUCUUAUCUGUGUGCCAUGGUUUCAAGUGCUAAUUACAGUUUUGACUUCAUGUCAAAUUGUCAUUAAAAUGGUUUUAUUGGCUUAAGGGCUUGGUGAAUUGUUUGGCUUCACCACCUACAUAAAAGUAGAAUUACUUUGUGCAUUAUUUCAGACUUCAUAGUGCUUCCU